AAAGACAACAAAGAUUAACCACUAGGAAGGAACAUGGUCAACCACAAUUAACGCCCAAGAAAUUGCCCGAGCAAUUUCCAUAGCCAUGCAUGCACAAACAAUUAUCCCGGAUAAAAAACCUUAAGAACCCAUCUCCAAAAACAAAAACCCACCUCAAAGUCUCAAUCUUUUUUCAAAAUGGUUUCCAAGACUCGUUUAAUUCUGUCAGAUUUUGUAGUUUCUCUUAUGUGGGUAUGGUCAGGUUCUUUGAUAAAGAUUUUUGUGUUCAAGGUUUUGGGAAUGGGGCAUGAUUCAAGAGGUGAAUUUUUGAAGAAUUCUUUGUCAAUUAUGAACAUGUUUCUUUUUGCGUUCUUGGGUAAGGUUACUAAAGGAGGGGCUUAUAAUCCUCUUACUAUUUUGUCUUCUGCUAUUUCUGGGGAUUUCAGUCAGUUUCUCUUCACCAUUGGGGCUAGAAUCCCUGCUCAGGUAAUUGGAUCUAUCACCGGGGUUAGGCUCUUUAUUGAUACGUUUCCUGAGAUAGGACUUGGACCACGUUUGACUGUUGACAUCCAUAAAGGAGCUCUCACAGAAGGAUUGCUGACAUUUGCAAUUGUUACUAUCUCUCUUGGGCUUGCAAGAAAGAUCCCUGGAAGUUUCUUCAUGAAGACUUGGAUCUCAAGUGUCUCGAAGUUAUCUCUUCACAUACUUGGCUCUGAUCUAACGGGUGGUUGUAUGAACCCAGCCUCUGUGAUGGGAUGGGCUUAUGCCCGUGGAGAUCAUAUAACCAAGGAGCAUAUACUCGUAUAUUGGCUUGCCCCAAUAGAGGGAACUCUGCUGGCAGUAUGGACAUUUAAGUUGCUAUUUCGUCCACAAAAACAAGAUGAGAAAGAAAAGUUAAAGGGCAAAACAGAAUGAAGAAACGCCCCUGAACUUUUCAGCUAAAAUUGUGUUGUACGAUCUCACCUGCAAGCCCCAAAGGGGGGGAAUGCAUGUAAAUUCGAAGAAAGUCUCGCUGAAGGAAUUCAGUGUAACUACAUUUCAUUAUAUGUGAAAUAUCUGCUGCUUUUGUCUGUGAAA